AUGGCGACUCUGGGACAAAACAACAACAACAUACCGCAAAGUGAUCAGGUGGAUCCAGCACAAGCCCAAGGAGCCCAAAUCCCACUCCAAACCUUUUCGCUGCCACAAUUUCCUCCUCAGGCCGGUGGUCUCAGAGCUCUGACCUUGACCUCCGAUAUCAAACUCGACGACUACCAAAGCCUGCUCUCGCAAUCCUUUGUCAUUCCUCCGUUACCGCCUAGCAUCGAAUCUCUCACUCUCGAACUGUUUACACUGGGAUAUCCUGUGGGAUGGUUGAGUCAACUAGCCGACCGUCUGCCCAAUCUCAAGAGUUUGGUUAUAUAUAGCCAGCUUUUUGGCGGUGUGUCGGAGGAGUCGCAAGCUGAUGGCGUGGAGUUUUUCAAGAAGUUGCCUGGAUUGCGAGCAUUGCAUCUUCUUGAUGUGUUUGCCCAGCCAAAGUUUUUCGAAAGCAUUGGGCCUUAUGUGACAUACUCUUCGGAAGAAGAGACGGCGCGACGAGGCUUGAUGUUCUUGGAGAUCAACUAUACGGUUCAGCAUUCUGACCCAGAGUUUUUGGGAAAGAUUCAAGCGACUGAGUUGAGCAGAUUGAUUGGGCCUGGACUGGUCACUCUAGCAUUCAAUGUCAGCGAUGCCGAUGUGACCGACGAUCCAGAGGACCCAACGAACAAUGCCGACAAGUCUGCUGAAGAAGCUGCAAAAGACGGUGUCGUGGCAUUAAACAGGACACUUGGGUCUACCCUCGUCAAAGCCUUAACAGACGAAGCAACACGACCCAGAGGUUUGCGAGUGUUGAACUCGACACUAUUCACCCUCACUCCAAACCAACUCCGCACAAUCCUCGAACAGCAAAAGACGCUAAUGGUCUUGAACGCGACAUUGGAAGUCGACAACCACGAGACCUUCAAGAAGGACUUACUCUCCAUCCUGCCAUCGCUCGAAUACCUUGAGCAAGUCGAGGUUGUCGCAAACCCAAGCCUGCAAUACUUCCUUGCUGUUCGAAUACCCUACCUUCUUCUUUAUAUUCACCUCGCUGACCAAAUCUAUAGNCUUCAGGAUAUCAAGCACAAAGCCUUCGAGAACACGUUCCCAUCAAAAGCCGAGGUCGAAGCUCUGGGCGAGAAAUGCAAACGCCUUGCAAGCUUCAAAGCCGAUAUCUUGCGCUCGAGCGCAAUGCAAACCAUCGAGUGGGAAAAGAAGGAUGACAAAUGGUCGGGCGGUGUCAAGGCUGCAAAGACAGAGUUGAAGAUAACAGAAGUCGAGUAG